AUGGGUCUAGUCGAGCUCCUCCUCACGCCUUACACUCUUCUGGCCAUACCCAUCGUCUUCUACCUCUUGCCGUACUUGCGAAACUGGUCCAUCCGCGAUGUGCCGUCGCCAUUCCCUGCCGCCUUUAGCAACCUCUGGCUCAUGUACCAAUGCCGACGAGGCAGACGAUACCUCGCCGUAGACGCAGCUCACAAGACCCACGGCAAAUUCGUCCGCAUCCAGCCUCACCAUGUCUCCAUCGCAGACCCCGAAGCCAUUCCAAUUGUCUACGGUCACGGCACCGGCUUUCUCAAGAGCGAGUACUAUGACGCUUUUGUCAGCAUCCAGCGCGGUCUGUUCAACACACGCGACCGAGCAGAGCACACGAGAAAGAGAAAGACCGUUUCGCACACCUUUAGCUCAAAGAGCAUCGGCCAGUUCGAGCAGUACAUGCACCACAACCUGGACUUGCUGGUCGAGCAGUGGAACAAAAUGUCAAAGCUGGCAGAUGGCAAGUACGCCAAGAUGGAUGCCUUGACCUGGUUCAACUACACGGCCUUUGACAUUAUUGGAGAUCUUGCUUUUGGCGCUCCUUUUGGCAUGCUGGAGAAGGGUGCAGACAUUGCAGAGAUUCGCGAGUCACCAGACGCUCCUCCAAAGUUUGCACCUGCCAUUGAGGUACUCAACCGCAGAGGUGAGGUCUCUGGCACCAUUGGCUGCUGGCCCUGGAUCAAGCCUUAUGCCAAAUAUCUGCCCGAUCCCUUCUUCACAAAGGGCGUUCAAGCUGUCCAGAACCUCGCUGGUAUCGCUGUCGCACGCGUAAAGCAGCGUCUGGACAAUGCCGAUAGUAUUGAUCGCGUGGACCUUCUAGCCCGCCUCAUGGAAGGCAAGGACGAGCAUGGGAACAGUCUAGGUCGUCAAGAGUUGACCGCAGAAGCGUUGACCCAACUUAUCGCCGGCAGCGACACCACCUCGAACACCUCUUGUGCCCUGCUUUACCAUUGUCUCGCAACUCCCCAUGUAGUCAAGAAGCUGCAGCAAGAACUCGACACCGCAAUUCCUCGUGGCACCCAAGUCCCUGUCUUUGAGCAGGUCCGCGAUCUACCCUACCUCGAAGCUGUCAUCAAGGAGACCAUGCGCAUCCACAGUACCUCAUCUCUCGGCCUGCCCAGAGUUGUUCCUGCUGGUGGUGCAGAUGUUUGCGGUAGACACUUCCCUGCAGAGACUGUUCUCAGUGUUCCUGCCUAUACCAUGCACCACAGCAAGGAAAUUUGGGGUCCUGAUGCCGACGACUUUAAGCCAGAGAGAUGGGAGAAAGUUACCGAAAGACAAAAAUUGGCUUUUAUUCCCUUCAGCUAUGGUCCCCGUGCCUGCGUUGGUCGCAAUGUCGCAGAGAUGGAGUUGGCUUUGAUCGUUGCAACUGUGUUCCACAACUAUGACUUUGAACUCUACCAAAAGACACUUGAGACCAGAGAGGGGUUCUUGAGAAAGCCUUUGGAGUGUUGGGUUGGCAUGAAAAGGAGAAAUGCUGCUUAG